AGCACACCUCAAGUUUCAGCGGAGGGAGCAUGAGAGGCGAUGCUUCUACGGCGGCUGGCGUCAUGUCCUGGCGCCGGAACAAUGGUCCAACGGUUUUUCCUGCGACCCAUGUCGAAGAGCGUUCGGCCUUCUCCGGUUACGGGAAGAUUUCGUAGGGAUGCAAGAGAAGACGAAAAAAGAGGAGGGGAAGGGCGCGUCUAUUUGCACAAGAGCAGGGGACAGCACCUGCUUACAAACCCACGUGUCCUCGACGCCAUUGUAACGAAAUCCGGCGUCGGUCCCUCGGACACCGUCCUGGAGAUUGGCCCCGGUACCGGGAACCUGACGCUCAAGCUCCUCGAGAAGGCCAGGCACGUCGUUGCCGUCGAGAUCGACAAGAGGUUGGUUGAGAUCCUCCACAGUCGAGUUGUGGAAUCCGGCCUAGAGGACCGGAUUACGGUAAUAUGUGGGGAUGCGUUGAAGACUCAGUUUCCACAUUUUGAUCUCUGUGUUGCCAACAUUCCCUAUGGUAUUUCUUCACCUUUAAUUUUGAAAAUGCUCUUUGGCACGCACAACUUCCGGAGUGCCACUCUUCUUCUGCAGAAGGAAUUCGCAAAGCGCCUGCUUGCAAAUCCAGGUGACUCAGAGUUUAAUCGCUUGGCAGUGAAUGUCAAGCUGGUGUCUGAUGUUCAAUUCUUGAUGGAUGUUAGCAAGAAGGACUUUGUUCCUUGCCCAAAAGUUGACUCUUCACUUGUGAGAAUCCAACCAAAACAAGAGAUUCCGCUGGUGGACUUGGAAGAGUGGGGGGCAUUCAUUCGUACAUGUUUCAGCAAGAAGAAUAAGACCCUUGGAGCGAUAUUCAAACAGAAGAAGAAGGUGAUUGAACUGAUGAUCCGAUCGAAAAGGGUGGCCAUUACAGGGAGACACAAGGGACUGUGUGUAGAGGAUAGAGGGGUUGCUGACGAUGAUAACAUUGAUCCUGACAUGAGUGACGAUGAAGAAUUGGCGGAAGAAGAUGGUUCUGAUACUACCUGCAAUAAAGAAUCAGCAUUGUUCAAAGACAAGAUUGUGAGUUUAUUGAAUGACAGAGGAUACACGGACAAAAGACCUUCAAAGCUAUCCAAUGAGCAGCUGCUGUCUUUGCUUUCCGCGUUCAAUGAAGUUGGAGUUUAUUUCUGUGGUUAGUAAUUAAUCUUUCGUUGAAGCAUUCGUUCUUUUUGAUGAUAUGGAAUUGAAGUAAAGGGAUCUAGUGCAAUAAAUGGAUUGUUGAAGAUGCAUUUAACACAAAAAUAUUACGUUUGGAUCCAACCUUGGAGAUUUGGCGGUCUAAAAGGAAGACAGUUGUGAAAAGGGCGAGGAUGGUAGUGUAUGAUUGAUAUGAGAUCUUUUUGAGGAUAUAGAAUUGCAGUAAAGGGAUCUAGUGCAAUAAAUGGAUUGUUGAAGAUGCAUUUAACACAAAAAUCUUACGUCAGGAUCCAACCUUGGAGAUUUGGCGAUCUAUAAGGAAGAACUCCGUGCAUGGAUUUGUUUAUGAACGAUCAGGAUUUCUCACCCCUUGGCCAGAUGAAUGAUGAACUCAACUCCCUGAAUGUUUUGGAGCUUAACAAGGUACAUGUGCUCACCAGCUUGCUGUGAUCCAGUAGCCUCUGGUCUCCAUGUUUACGUAAAUCUCACCUAAAAUUUGGAUGCAUGCAAGAAGUCGUAUGUCAGAAUUGUGUCUCUCUGUCUAUGUGCAUCUGCUCUAGACAAGUAAAUUGGUUGGAUCUGGCGUAAUAUAACUACUGCGCCAUACGACUAAUGAAAUGUAGAGUUGCAUAGACUUGAAUGAAGAGACUGUACUACUCAAUUUGAAGGCUCUGAACCAGAUUUCCAAUGGAUUGGAUUGGAGGGUCUUAGACCGAAACCACGAUUCAAGCAUUUCCGAGAUUCAGACUCCUUAACCAAAUUCAACUAAACAGACUCGGAUUCAGGCCGUAUUCAGGCAUGUCCAAUCCAUCCCCUCCAUGUUGUCGACGUCAAAUGAUUCAUUAAUCAACUUCACUAGCUUGGGACUCCGUUCAGUCAAGGUCCAGGGUGUCGACGAUGGUUAUUUUGUUGAACUUGGUCCAUUGUCCAUCGAGGUAAGCUGACUAUUGUUGUAUAAUGAAUUUACAUAAUCUUGAUGAACAAUCAAGCAGGUUUUAGUU